CCGUCUUCUUUUGUACUAAUAUAAAAACCUCGCUAAAACCUCUGUCUCUCCCUCUUCUGUAUAACCACAAACGACAGCAAUGGUAGUAAACGACAGGCCAUUGAAGAAACCAAAAAGAAACAGAGUCACCGCUAAUCUCUACGAUUUCUUCGCUUUCCCCGAGGCGGCGGUGGUGGUCUUGCAAGAGAAGCCGUUUCGUCACACCAUUCAAGAUUUUCUAUCCCGUUUCGCCCGCGUUUCUUCUUUCCCUCCACCGCCUCCGCUUUUUCCGUCCUUGCUUACUUGGCAGAUCGUGUUUAGGCUCGGUGAUCUUCUUGUCGACGAAGAUCCCGUGGUGGCUGUGCUGGAUAUUGUUGAAGAGGAUGUUACUACAACCACCAGCAUUACCAGAUCUGCUUACUGUAACCAGUGCCGAGUUGUUGGUUGGAGUGGGCAUCCAGUAUGCACAAAAAGGUACCAUUUUAUGAUUAGAGCUUCAACCAGCAACACCUGCAAGUGUUCAAAAUGCAGUAAUUUGGUGGAUUUAUCUGAUUCAAGAUGCAAGUGGUGUCAUGCUAGUGACGAUAUUGAAGAACGGGUUUACUCACAAUUUGAAGAUAGCUCCCAUUUAUUGCAUGCUGUUAUUCACUCCAAUGGCUUUGGCCACCUCCUUAGAGUUAAUGGAAAAGAAGGCGGUUCUACUACUCUCACCGGAUCUCAUAUCAUGCACUUUUGGGACAGGCUUUGUGCAAUACUCCGUGUCAGGAAGGUGUCAGUGAUGGAUGUAUCGAGAAAAUACGGAAUAGAGUAUCGAUUGCUUCAUGCAAUCACCAAAGGUCAUUCAUGGUAUGGUAAUUGGGGAUAUAAAUUUGAACGUGGAAGCUAUGCUCUCACAUCAGAAUCUUAUAAUAAAGCUGCACAGAUCCUAUCAAAUGUUUCCCUGGCCCCAAUUUUAUUUCAGAGGCGUAGAUCACGAACACGUUUACAGGCAAAUAUUUCUUUUUAUCAAUCCUUGUCAGACUCGGAGCUUCUAACUUUAAAGGACCUUUCUUCCUUCAUGUUGACCUUGAUCCACAAGGGCAAUGAUUCAUCAUUUCAUAAAGAAACAGGAAAGAACACAAGAUCUAGCACAAAAAAUAUAUUGUGUGCAUGGACGAGGAAUGAUGUUGAAUGUGUUCAACAAGCUAUGCUCAAGGUGCUGGUGACAGCUUCUGGUGAUAACAAGUGGGUGUCUAGGCAUACUCUGAAAGGUGUCAUGUGUAAGAAAGCAUCUCCAGAGCUUCUUGAUUAUUGCCUCAAACACAUGGGUGGGAAAUUGGCAGCCAAUAGUAUGGUGGUUCAGGCGCGAUGCAAUCCUAAUUCAUAUGAUGCUGAAUACAGGCUUACACCACUAAGUUUUAUGCAUUAUGGAGACGGGUUGGACAAAAUGGAUCCCUCAAAAGAGGAUAUCAAGUGUGAUCUGAAAUUUCUACUUGAUUCCUUGCUCGACCCUGAAACUACACUAAACUAUGGACCCAAUCUAACAAGAGAAAGUGUGAUUGAUGCUGCGAGAAAGCUUCUCGACUGCAAACAAUUUGUGAAGGAUUACAGACCUAAUGAAACGAUAGUAGAUCCAAAUGCCAUUCAUAUCACGUGUCAUGUGGAGCUGUCAGAUCAACCUAAAGACGACCCAGCCAUACCGCCGGAAUUAGUUAUCCUACCAGAAAACUCUACUGUGGCCGACCUCAAGAUUGAGGUAUCCAAAGCUUUUCAAGAAGUAUACGCCAUGUUUAAAAUGUUUGAAGCUCAUGAUCUCUAUGAAUUUGGCUCUCUGGAGGAUUCAUAUACCGUCAAAUUUCUUGUUGGAACAAGUGGGUCCGUUAAAAUUAAAGGAACAUGCCCAUUGAAGCAAGCUCUUGGCCACUUUAGAAUGGAACGGGGAACAGAGAGGUGGACGGUUGAUUGUACGUGUGGGGCGAAGGAUGACGAUGGUGAAAAAAUGCUAUGCUGUGAUAGCUGUGGUAUUUGGCAGCACACUAGGUGCGCUGGGAUUGAUAAUUCAGAUAAAGUUCCGUCAAUGUUUCUGUGCUUGAGAUGCAUGAAUGCUUGCCGCAAGGAAUGUGAAAGGAUUGCCAAUAUUAAGGAGGUACCUUUUAUAUCUCGAACAUCAACAUGCAGGGACGAGGUGACACAAAGUGACAGUGUUAGAGUAGCAUUUGGUGUUCCGUAGGAUGUAUAUAAUAUAGUUGUAAAUCUGCAGGCUUUUUGUUUUUGCUCGUUUGGGGUGGUUAUUGGGGAAGAUUUUUGGGUAUCUCUUUUAAGCCAUAUUUUUUUGUCCCCUUGAGAAAUGUAGCAAUAGUUUGGUACUUAGAGCUGUUUUGUGCUGUAUAGUUUUUGAUCAGCUUAUGUAUGCAAAUUACCUGUUAAGCUUUUAGUGUGACUGAGCCAUCCGAGUUGGAUUUUGAGUUCGAAUGCUAA